GCACGUGACCACACGCCCUCAACACCAGCUGCGGCAGUCGUAUCAACCGAGAGAGAGAAGGAAGUGUUAACACGAAAAAUGGCGCCCGCAGUAAAAUCAGUGUGCCUGGAGACUAGACCACUAGUUCUACUGUUGAUUUUGAUGAACUUUAUUUCAGAUGGCACGAGUGAAGCCAUAUCACUAUCAUGCCCGCUUCUUCAAGAAGGAUCCAUAGUAAAGUUUAACUGUAUAGUUCAAACAUCGGCGUGUAAUUAUACCUCUGUUUUCUUUGAUUUUGUAAGCAAUGUCGGAGUUCCUACUACUCCAUGUCGGAUCAGUUUUUCUAGCCCAUGUAAUCAACAGCCUGCAGAUGGAAUGACCUGUGGUUGUGUCUCCUCUGAUUCUGAUUUUAAAACCUACCAGCUAAACUUUUUGGGAAACACAUCUUUACAUGACGGAGGAAAGCUAUCUUGCAAUACAAACUGUUUAACUGGGUCACCUGCCGUUUGCCAGCCUCUCAGCUUUGCAUUACCUUCUUCCUCUCCAUCAACAACAACUAUUGAACCAGCCGUAACAUCUCAUUCGCCUUCUGCUUCAACAUCUUCUAAAUCGCCUUCUACAGAAACGGGUGAUAAAGGCAGCGGAAAUAGCUUGCACGUCUUGAAAACUGGGAUACUUGCUUCCGUGUGUGGAAUCAUUGCUUUGAUCUCAACACACUUGGGUUAAUAAUGCGUACAUUGUGACGAUCACAGCCUUCAGUUACAGAUGAUAAAUACUUCUGUGUUAUAGCUUCUUCUGUGGGAUACAUUGUAACAAUUUUCAAAUAUAGUUCAUGCCAUCUUGAUUAUUCCCGAGUCAAAUGUACUCUUGAUUAUAAGUAAAAUCAGCUGUAAUAUAUUAUACUAAGACUCUUUGUUCCACACAUAUGAAACAUAGUUUCUCUGCAAAAAUUGCUGAAUUUAGUGUCAGAGUGACACCUGUUUUAAUUAUGCUAUGUGUAUGAUUCAAGCCAAUCGCAAACCCUUCUGCUGAAUAAGUUUUGCGCCUUAAAUAAAAAUUUCACAAUAACAAAGAGUCAACAGGGAAUACAGGACUGGGUGUGGACAAUAUUAGAAAUCAAUUAAAUUUAUAUCUUCCUGGACGCCAACUGAAUCUUCAUGGCAGCAAGACACAAGAGGAUCAAAUAAUGGAGUGUAUAAAAAUAUGUAUAAAAAUAACAGAGUGUGAAGUGUUGGAGCGGGGUGAUUGUCGGCGCAGUGUGAGUUAUGUCCAUCAACAUCCACGGGCUCUUUGUCUGCCACAAGGUGAUCUCUCCAAGCACAAAAAGAUUUUGGAUUGGACGUCACCGUCUUUGGAUAUAUAUAUAUUAUAACACAGAGAGUACUGGUUUACUAAGAAAAGAUUUUUUAAAUCACAUGGAGAGAAUUUGUGAUUUGUUGACAAUCAAGUCUCCAGAGGGAUUUUCUAAACACUCAGGAAGCAAUCAAGGGGAUAUGUAAUUCACGCCAUCGUUUGAUACGCCUUGCUUGAUGACAAAACCGAUGGACCAUUAAAUCCACAUACACGCGCUUUAGCGUAAAGACGAAUAUAAAACUGUUUUUCUAAAAUCAGUGAGCCAAACAACUCAACUACUAACACACAAGUCCACGUAAAAAUUUGCCACACACACAGUACAAAGUAAUUGCUUUGCCUUUCAAUUAUUGUUUCUCUUUCAGUGUAUAUUAACAGUUGUGUUAUUUAUUCAAGGAUUUUAAGAAUGAUUAAUGUAUUAACAUUUUGCAUAUUGUUGUUGGAUAAUGAAAAGUUGCAAUUAAAGGCCAAACAGUCCAAAAAUGUAAACAGUUUCAAUCUAUGCCAUUAAAACAUAAUCAUUUGACUUGAAGUUAAUGUACAGCUUAUUAAUGUACUUAUAUUGCUGCAUAACACUAAUAAAGACAAAUGUAAAUACACUUUUAAUUACAACUCCUUUCUUCAGUAUGACAUUGAUGUAAACAACAAAAAUGAUGUGGUUAUGGAUGUUAUUUUAAUAGAUAACAAGUAAUUUUGCUUUGCAAAAAAUGUGAAACCUUGGAAUCCUGUUAUUAUUGUCUUCAUUAACAUUUUUAUCUUCAGUAUCAAGACAAACAACCUAAAAACAAUAGUCUUCUCUAUUUGGAGGUUUUCAUUCAUUCCGUGAAAUAACAAUGCAAUUACUGUUUAUGUUCUUAAGUCGUGGAUGUCAAGUUUAAAUGGAUUUUACAGGACCACUUUUGUAGGGAUCAACUUUGUAUAAGCCUAGAAAUUUGAUACAAUGGUACAGUCAUCCCAAAACUUGCUGUGAUAACCUUUUAACUUGUCCUCACACGUUUAGUAUCAACUGAACACUGCACAACACACCACCUCAUAGGUGGCAAGCUGUAGGCAAUGUUUACAUGUAGUGUGGUGUUGCUAGUUAUACACAGUAGGAAGGGCGCUCUACACUGGUGCUGCAGCCCUGGCUUUGCUGUAGCUGUCUACAUGCCCUGAAGUGAGUUGGCCGUGAAAACUUGGCUGAGAGCCGAGGCCGACAGAAUGUAAUGAGGUCACCCUCACUGAGCUUCACGUCUCGCGCAGCCGUCUGUAGUGUGUGUAGCUCUCUGUGUACUCAUCGUGCUGUGUGUAGUCAGCAGCAGCCGCCAUCAAUAAUCGCCACCACGCCUUGACAUCUCCGUCUGCUGGGUCGUUGUGCCUGACCCCUGAACUGCACACGCACAUUACUUCAAGCUCUCUGUCCUCAUUGUUUAAUUUAUGUCUAUAAGUAUUAGUAAUAUACUGAGAAUUAUUGUUUAACCGUUGAUUGGUCUACUGUUAUACUACUGUAUUUUUGUAUAUGUUUUCUAUAUUAAAACAUGUAGCAAUUUUGUCUAUUAUGUAGCACCACAUUUUAUUUCUCUUUUACCUUCCGUUUGUUCUCUCUGACUCAGCUUGAGUAUUUCGAACACUUUUAUUUUUUUUUUCAAAUAAACUUCAUUUUUGUAUAU